CGUUUUUAAAUGCGCUUCUCGCUCUCUCACGGACAUAGUGUCACAGACUUCGGCUUGCGUUUCUGUCCAGCCCUGAACAUUCAAAGCCGUGAUCUGCGCGCAGUGAGUCCUUCGGCUAUUAGUGGUACCUUGAUCACUGAAGUCAGCUGGAAUAUUGAAGACACAAUGAAUUAUGAUGUGGGGACAAAUGAUCCAUGUACUAGUCAAAUGCUUGCAACAGAAGGCAUACAUGAAUGCACUCUACGGAGCAACACAGUAACAUAUUCAGAAUCAGAGUCUCCUUUACCUGUAACAGGGAACAAGGGAAGGAUCCUCACCCCUGCAGAGGUGGAAAUGCUCAUGAAGGACCAGAGCUUGGUGUCAGAUUUUAAACAACAAAAGCUGGAAAGAGAGGCACAGAAAAACUGGGAUUUGUUUUACAAGAGGAACAGCACCAACUUUUUCAAAGAUAGACAUUGGACAACCAGGGAGUUUGAAGAACUGAAAGCAUGUAGAGAUCUUGAGCAUCAAAAACUGACCAUCUUGGAAGCAGGUUGUGGAGUUGGAAACUGUCUAUUCCCUCUAUUAGAGUGUGAUCCAAAUGUUUUCAUUUAUGCUUGCGACUUCUCUCCCCGAGCUGUAGAAUUCGUGAAGCAAAAUCACUUGUAUGACUCUGAAAGAUGUAAGGUCUUUCAGUGUGACCUGACAAAAGAUGAUUUACUGGAGAAUGUGCCUGCUGAUUCUGUGGAUGUUGUUAUGCUGAUUUUUGUGCUCUCUGCUAUUCAUCCUGAGAAGAUGCAGUUGGCCUUGGAAAAUAUUUAUAAAGUACUAAAACCAGGUGGAUGCAUCUUAUUCAGAGAUUAUGGACUAUAUGAUCAUGCCAUGCUUAGAUUCAAAUCUGGACACAAACUUGGCCCAAACUUUUAUGUUCGACAAGACGGAACCAGAUCCUUCUUUUUUUCUGAUGAGUAUGUGGCACAGCUCCUGACAUCUGCUGGCUAUGAAGUGUUGGUGAAUGAGUAUGUUUUCCGAGAAACUGUUAAUAAGAAGGAAGGUCUGUGUGUUUCAAGAGUUUUUCUUCAAUGCAAAUUUAAGAAGGCGAAGAGAGCACUGAGCGUAUGUAACACAAGUGAUUCCGUCAGUUGAUUUUGUUUUUGAUGUCUUGAUAGUUCACUCGGACAAACUUUGCAGAGAGGCGAACAAUGCCAGACCUGUAUCUGAAAUGGUGCUUUUUAAGAAAAGGAAGAUUUUACGAAGGUUAACUUUAUUUGUCACAUGUGCAUCAAACAUACUGUGAAAUGCAACAGUGGGAAAUCGGAAGUAAGACACAAGAAUGAGUUGGUGAUCUUUGCUGUACUGCUGGAAAAAUGAUGUUACUGAGUGGGAGGAUGCUUUUCCCACACACAGCUAAAUAUUAUGGGAAAGGAAGUGUUUUCUCUAAUGCCUGACUCAAAGCAACACUUGAUGAAUUUAUAGGAGGAAGUUAUCUUGUACCUAUUGCAAGAAAAUAUUUUAAAUAAAAAUUAUGCAUAUUCCAAGAUUGGAAUUUUAGGAAAUUUCUACCUUGUUUGUAUUCACUUUUGUAAAGUGUCAAUGUUGAAGGUUUUACAAACUUGCAUAGUUCUCGUUGCCAUUUAUUUUAAUAAACUAUAUUUGUUAAAUAGUAUACAGUAUUUCAAUCCUUUAUGAAUGCUACAUUUUUGAGGAUUUGUUCAUUACAAAAAGACAUUGAAUUUACACUUACUGGUUUCUGUUUUUAAAUCUUAAAACUGCAGUGUGUAUCUGUAUUUAAAUUCACUUAAAAUCUUAAAUUCAGAUGCUGCAUAUCCUUGGCUGUCUUCU